GAGUACGGGGAGAGCCUGUGCGGAAGAACAACACUGGAGAGCAAACUCCAACAUCUGCAGGAUAAGUUCCAGGACUUGUUCAGUUGCCUCACACUGACACCAUCAUGGAGGAGGAAGGGCCCCCUGCAGAUGGCGAGGUGGAGACCCCCUUUGCUGCAGAGACCUAUGCAGCUGAAGCCAUGGCUGCAGACAUGGACCCCUGGAUUGUGUUUGACUCUAGAAGAACUCCCAGAUCCGAGUUUGAUAGCUGGUUGGAGAGCAACGGGCCCUCGCAAGUGAACAGAUUUGGUGAUGAGGAAGGUGGUGUUAGCCCUGUGGGCUGGAUCGCUGUGCUGGGCCUGAACCACUGCCCCAGCAGUGGGGAUGUUUUGGGUCUUCAGGAGAGCUGGGAGAAACUUUUGGCCAGCGGGCGGCCUGUCAGCUUCCAGACAGUGAAGGAGCUGGCCCUGAACCACGGUGUGCUCACGGGCAAAUGGCUGAUGCACUUGGACUCCGGUUUCAAGCUGAAUCAUGCCUGGGAGUGUGUGGCCAGAGCAGCCCUAGAUGGCAAGAUCUCUCUAGUUAAAGUCAGUCCCCAUAAUCCCAACGGAGAGGGCAAGCAGGUAAUAUGUGCCUAUAACCAGAACUUCACUGAUGAGAGCGAGGUUAUACAGCUGGACUCCAUCAUCCGUGCCACAGGGGUCAAAUGCCCUCUCACCUACAAGCCGGACGUGUACACAUACCUGGGAAUCUACAGGAACAACCGCUGGAAACUUUGUCCAACCAUAUACGAGAGCAAAUUUGACCUGGAGUGUGUACCCCGGCGUUCCCACAUUAUCAACAAAAUCACCAAUCUGGAAGUAACAUAAGCCUGUUGGAACAAGAGGACAGUUUUGCAGAACGGGUAAAUGAAGAGGCACUAAGUGAUCCCAUCAGUUGGGUUGUGCGUUACAACUCACUGACCAAGAGGGGUUUAAAGUCAGUGGUUGUAUUUUGAUCUCAAGUUCUUCCUUUUGGCAAAAAAAAAAGCACUAAAUCUCAUUUCAGUCUUUUCCUCUUAUGCUUUAAUAUUUCUUAAGUGACCUGAUCUAUUGUCACUUUUUUUUUAAAUGAUCAUAUUGUGUUCAUAUGUAGGAGUAUUUGUAUUCUUGAUGUUCUGUUUGUAACACACUAACACUCACCUGACGAACAGGGUGGUUGAAGAAAUCCUUGAUUUGUAUGCACAGAGGAAAAUUUGCAUCCAGUGAAGAUUUUCUGUACAAUAUACAUUUGUUUGGCUUUAUUUUUUUUCGGUUUGUACUGAACCAUGAUAACAGAGUUGCCAAAUAAAAUCUACUUUUGAA